AUGUCCUUUUUUUAUCUAGUGACCAAGAUUUAUAUUCCAUCUCCUCCCGAUACCUCCUCAAAUGAACCUCCUCAAUUAAUGAAAUCGCCCAGAAAUGAAGCUAGCUCAACCUCAUUGAAAUCACCCCGAUCAAGGAAAGCCUCAGCUACCACUCACAAAGACUCUUCCACCAAUCAACCCCCUCCUCAACCUCAAGAGGAAAUACAAAUAUUUAAUUUUGAUAUGGAUAAAACAAUUGUAUUAUUAGACAAAAUCAAAGAAGUAUGCAGUUAUCAAGACGUAGAAAUACUAGAUCUCGUGCAUUUCAAAACAGGUGAAUGUUGCAUGAUUCAUACCAACCCCAUGGAGCAUGGCAGUAAAUAUCUAAAAAAAGGAGAGAAAUAUUUUGCAUGUCAAGUCAAAAUUACCACCACACAAAAACCACCUAGCCCUUCCAAUUCAAAACGUGGAUCCAACUCGCAACAGCAACAACCAGAAACCGUUGUUGAAAGAGCGUUCACCUCACUGGUGGCAGGCAAUGCAGCACAGGAACCAUUAAUUCCAACAAUUAUUGAUCCAACGAAAAAAAGUACAACCACUACAAAGAAGAAAUGA